AUGGGACUACCUGUGGAGUGUCUGAUGGGAGUUAUUAUACAGGAGAUGGUUGAAGCUGAAGUGGCAGGAGUUAUGUUUACUAGACACCCUGUAUCUAAAGAUCCGUCUCAGUUGGUCAUAACUGCCAACUAUGGACUAGGAGAGACUGUGGUGUCAGGAAGUGUAGAGCCGGACACUGUCAUUGUAAACUGUGAGAACCAAUCCCAGCUUCAAGUAGAAAUGUCGAUAAAGGGGCGGAAGACCAGCAAACUCACUGUUACAGAGGAAGGCAGCUGUGUAGAGGAGAUUGUGGAGGAAGAUGAAAGUGACAUGUUAUGUCUAAGUGGAGCUGAAGUGAUAGCAUUGGCACAGCUGGGAGUCAGUCUACAACAGCUGUUUGGCUGGCCUAGAGAUGUAGAAUGGGCGAUCAACAAGGGUGUGAUCUACUUACUGCAAUGUCGCCCUGUGACCUCUCUACUCUCCUGGUCAGAAGAAGAACUCAUUCACGAGCUAGACUCAGCUUUCUUGCCAGGAGAUGCUACGACUACUGCCAACACGGGUGAAGUUCUGCCUGGAGCCACUAGUCCUUUAACACAGUCCACGGGGCUACGAUGUGCAGACUUCGUAAUGAUCCGAUACUUUGCCGGCGUGCAAGACCGUCUUUGGUACAACAACAAUAAAAUAGUAGUCUCCCAUCAUCACGCACUUCUCAGUAUGUAUACUACAUUAUUAAGAGAUGCUGGAGAGGAACUCUCUCUAACUCAGAGGGUGUUGGAAAUGGCUGUCUGUGGACAUCAGGUCUCAACGCCAGAGAUGCUGAAAAUAGCUGUGGAGAGGAGAACUCCCCUAACACUAUGGCAGAAAAUACAAACUGUCAUCUUCAUUGUCAAGACACUUCUUUGUAGCAAAGCAGAUGCAAAGAAAGCUGAAAAGAUCGGUGAACAAUUUAGACUUGAUUUUGACAACUUUACCUCUGCCGAUGCUCUGUUUUCUUACUUGACUGCAAGCCACGCCAAUCCGACCAAGCAGAACAGCCAGCUCGGGCCCCAGUGGCCGGCUCCACAAACUCCCUCUACCCCUUCCUACUGCCAGGCGCCUAGCCACUUCUACCUCACUCCCCCCAUAAUAAACAAAGUUUGGUUUUAUAAUUGA